GGUCUUAUUCAUUAAAUGGUUUCAGAUGGUAUUCCAGCUGUAUCUGAUAUUUGCAUUAGCGACGCUAGCAUACGCAGUUCCUGCACCCGUUGCUGAUGAAAAUGGAAAGACUUUAAUAGAUUCUAAACAGAUAAAUGAAAUCAAUGACCUCAAGACAGCGAGCAGUUCAUAUUCUCACCAAUACUCGGAUUGGGGUGGCAGAAAUCCUAGCGGUUACAGUUAUUCGGUAACAGGUUUCGGUACUAUUGACGAUAAAUACACCGCAGAUCCUUUGUAUAAAGAAUUCAAUGGCUAUGAUAAUUCACUCAAACUCAAUAGUUAUCCUGGUCUUGGAAAUGAUGGCUAUAAUUCCUAUGGUGGAUAUAAAGGCGGUUUUGCCCCCAGUAGAUUUGAACCUGUAGACAGUGUGCGAAGUGGAUAUGGAAAUUAUGGGUACAAUAGUAAUGACUAUGAUGUAGGCGGCCGUGGAUACGGAUUAAGCAACAACGGCUAUGGAAUCGGCAGUAGUGGAUAUGGAAAGAGCGGUAGUCCAUACGGAUUUGGAGGUAAUGGAUACCCCGGAAGUUAUGGCGGCAAUGGCGGUUACGGUGGUUACGGAGGUAACGGUGGCCUUAAUUCAUACUCCGGAUAUAAUAACCCAUAUUACCAAGGAGGAGGCCAUCUUGGAUAUGGAUAUCAAACAAAAAAAUUAGGUUACGGAAGUAUCUACAAUAGUGGUGUUACACCGAGUUUAGUCACCGGUUAUAGGGGAUACACACGGAGAUAAUUAUUAAAAUAUAUCACUACAUUUAAUUCGUAAACGGGACAAAAAGACAUUAAUUUUACUCACAUUCACUGGAGCUAACGAGAGGUGAUAAAUUAUAUCAUGCGACUUAAGCUAGCGCCACAAGGGACUAUAGCUCACUGAAUCUCAAUGUUGUCACAAAUUAUUUAAUUUCAUUGUCCUUAACAUAGAUGUGUAGAUCAUAAUUAGUUUUAAUUUAUACUAACACAAUUGUAUAAAGUAAAUAGUAAAGCUAGAAAAUGUUCAAUGACAGUUUGUUACUUCAUAUAUUUAAUAACCAAAGACAACCAAAUGAAACAAAUUCUUUUUAAGUUACCCUCUAUAUAAAAAUAUAUUUUUAGUCCGUUAAGUAUUGUAAAUAAAACUAUAUUGAAUAA